UUUGCCGAGCCGGUUACUUUUUCUCAGUACGAAUACAAAUAUAUACAAUUGAAUCCACGUGUAUAAAAAAUUUAUGUACUGUAAUAUCUCGAACAAUAUGUCAUCAGCCAGCUUAGAUAAAUUCAACGAACGCGCAAAUAUUGCGGAAAAAGAGAUAGAGUAUUUAAAAAAUGAAAUCGAGCAAUUGAAACUAGCUCUCCAGGCUCAAGUUCCCGAGCAAACUCUCAGUGCCAGCGAAUUGCUACAAGAGAAUGCUAAACUGAAGCACCGGGUUGCGGUUAUGAAACGAUACGUUGACUCGUUACGUGAAAAAGAGUCGGGUAAAAAUAACACCAUGGGAGAGAAUCACAAAAUGCCCAGUAUCAGUGUCCAGCUGGAGGAAUUGUUUCUAGAAGCGAUUAAAAAGUCGUAUCCGGAUAUUCCUGAUCCACCGGUUGUUAUCUCGGCAUCUGGUAACCCCAAGUUUGGAGAUUAUCAAUGUAACAGUGCUAUGUCACUGUCUAAGCAGCUUGGAGCAUCAGGAGUCAAAGUAAAUCCGUUUGACGUGGCCAAUAAUAUCGUCUCCAAUACGAGCCCAUCACCUUUGAUUGAAAAACUAGAAGUUGCACGACCUGGUUUCAUAAAUAUUUAUCUUAGUCGGGACUACAGUCGCUCGAUCUUGAGCAAGGUCGUUAAGUCUCGUCGUGUCUUUCCGCCGGAGGUUAAAAAACUACGAGUUAUUGUUGACUUUUCGAGUCCCAACAUCGCUAAGGAGAUGCACGUGGGCCAUCUGCGGUCGACAAUCAUCGGCGAGAGCAUAUGUCGUCUUCUGGAGUACCUGGGACACGAUGUGCUGAGACUGAAUCACGUGGGAGACUGGGGCACGCAGUUUGGAAUGCUGAUAGCGCAUUUGCAGGACAAGUUCCCUGACUAUGUGACUAUCUCGCCUCCGAUAUCGGACCUUCAGAGUUUCUACAAAGAGUCAAAGAAACGUUUUGAUGAAGAUCAGGAGUUUAAGAAACGUGCUUACGCAUGUGUAGUUAAAUUACAAGCUGGUGAUCCAGAUAUUACUAAAGCCUGGCAAUUGAUUUGCGAUGUAUCACGUAAAGAGUUUGAUAAAUUAUACCGUCGUCUUGACAUUACGAUAAUUGAACGUGGGGAAUCUUUUUACCAGAAGAUGAUGGAGGAAGUGGUGAAGGAUUUGGAGGAGAGAAAUUUGCUAGAAGAAGACGAGGGACGUAAAAUAAUGUGGGGUGAAAAACCAAAUACUGGAAUUCCACUGACGAUCGUUAAGUCUGACGGAGGUUUUACUUAUGACACUUCGGACAUGGCGUGUUUGAAACACCGUCUUCAUGUAGAGAAUGGCGACUGGUUAAUUUAUGUUACCGAUGCUGGUCAAGCUGUCCACUUCCAGAUGCUGGAGAGUUGUGGGAAACGCGCCGGCAUACUCACACCAGACAGAAAAAUUACUCACGUGACUUUCGGCGUGGUCUUGGGCGAAGAUAAAAAGAAAUUCAAAACUCGUUCUGGUGACACUGUCAAGUUGCUAGACUUGCUGGACGAAGGGCUCAAGAGAGCGCUAGACAAACUUCAGGAAAAGGGCCGAGACAAAGAGCUGAGCGCAGAAGAGCUGAAGGCUGCCCAGGAAUCAGUUGCCUACGGCUGCAUAAAGUACGCGGAUCUGUCACAUAAUCGUAACCACGAGUACAUUUUCUCCUUCGAUAAAAUGCUGGAGGACAAAGGUAACACUGCUGUCUAUCUUCUCUACCAGCUGACGAGGAUACGGUCCAUCGCCCGGGCUGCAAACGUCACAGAAGAGCAAAUAAAACAAGCGGUAGACUCGACUGCAAUCUCACUAGAGCACGAAAAAGAAUGGAAGUUAGCAAAGGUCUUAAUUAAAUUCCCAGAUGUCCUACUUAAAAUCACCAAGGAUUUGUUCCUCCACCCACUUUGCGAGUUUUGCUAUGAAAUCUCCACCGCCUUCAGUGAAUUUUAUGAUAAUUGUUACUGCGUUGAAAAAAAUAAAAACGGGGAAAUUGUUAAAGUUAAUAUGAACCGAAUCUUGUUAUGCGAAGCCACGGCUAUUGUUUUGGAACAGUGUUUCUUUAUUUUAGGAUUGAAACCUGUUGCCAAAAUGUAACUUUUUUUUUUUCAACCAGUACUCAGAUUAAACUAUCGAAUGACAACUUUAAUAAUUAUACAUUAAAAAUUUUUUUUUUAACAUCAAUUGGACAAGAAAGAUGGCAGAGGUUCGAUAAUUUUUCUAUUUUAUCAGCAAAUUACACGUAAUAAAAUUUAAUAAUAAAAAUCUAAAGUCCUUUGUGUGAAUUUGAAAAUUUAA